UACAAAUUUUAUAUAUUUGUAGCCAUUAUUGUCUCUCUCUUUCUCUUUCCAUAUUCCAUUAAGUCCUUCCCACUCUCACCUUCUUUAUUCAAGUUAGUUAAGAAGAAGAUAAACUCGGAGCUCUCAUGGCGGGAAGAGAGAUUCUUCACAAGAUGAAGGAAAAAGCUUGCUUCUCCAUAGCCACACCAGCAAGCCCAGACACCGGAAAAGGGAAGCAAAAAACGUCAAGGCAUGUGACCCAUGGGUAUCACCUUGUAGAAGGAAAAUCCAACCAUGCUAUGGAAGAUUGUUUAGUUUCUGAAAUGAAGGAAUUGGAUGAUAAUCAGUUGGGUUUAUUCGCAAUUUAUGAUGGUCACAUGGGACAUAGUGUUGCUCACUAUUUGCAGUCAUACUUGUUUAACAACAUAUUGAGAGAGCAUGACUUUUGGAUCGACCCAGUUAGCGCCAUAAGAAGAGCUUAUCAUACUACUGAUAAGGACAUAUUAGAUCAAUCGAAAUAUCUAGGAAAAGGCGGGUCAACUGCUGUUACAGCAAUAUUGGUAAACGGCGAAAAGCUUGUAGUUGCAAACGUUGGAGAUUCAAGGGCUGUUAUAAGUAAAAAAGGUGUGGUUAAACAGUUGUCAAUAGACCAUGAGCCAAACAAGGAGAAAAAGACGAUUGAAAGCAAGGGUGGUUUUGUAUCAAAUCUUCCAGGUGAUGUCCCUCGAGUUGAUGGACAGCUGGCAGUAGCAAGGGCAUUUGGGGAUAAAAGCUUAAAGAGACAUCUUAGUUCUGAACCAGAUAUUAUAGUGGAGAUGAUAGAUGUUGAUACGGACUUCAUCAUAUUGGCAAGUGACGGGUUGUGGAAGGUGAUGUCAAACCAGGAAGCAGUUGAUUCGAUCAGAAACAUACGGGACCCAAAGGUAGCUGCAAAGCAUUUGGCCGAGGAGGCUCGUACUAGGAAAAGCAGGGAUGAUAUUUCCUGCAUUGUUGUAAGGUUUCAAUAGUUUCACUUCUGUAAGCCUUUAAGUUCUACACUUCCAUUCUUUUACCAGAAAACACCAGUUUAAUUUGUAAAUGGGAGACGAAUUUCUCAACUGUCUUCAAAUUUGGGAUGACUAGGCUCCUGAUGGUUCUUGUAUAGAAUCUUAUUGUCUAAUAAUGUCAAUUUUCAUUCUUCGUCA